AUGGGUGAAUAUAUUCCCAGAACGUAUGCGCCGACGCCAUUUGGCAAGGAAAUGCUGCGAGAGCAUUUCCUCAUCCAUCCGAAAUACAGGCCACUGAAUCACGGCUCUUUUGGCACCUUUCCCAGGCAGGUCCGCGACGCUCAGCGCGAAUUCCAAGAGGAGGCAGAGUUUCGACCGGAUGUGUUCUUCGUCAAAUCGCACGCGGAACAUGUCACCGAGUCCCGACGAGCUAUCGCAGAGAUCGUAAAAGCGCCAGUAGACGAAUGUGUUUUUGUAAAGAAUGCAUCCACGGGGACCAAUACCGUCCUCCGAAAUCUAGACUACAAGCCCGGCGAUGUGAUCGUUUACUUUGCGACGGUGUAUAAUGCCGUCGAGCAGGCGCUGGCCUCGUUGGUGGAGACCACCCCGGUACAACUACGAAAAGUUGACUACACAUUUCCUAUCACACAUGAUGAGAUAGUCAAAAGAUUCCUGGCCGUUGUCCGGAAAACGAAACAAGUAGAAGGCCUGAAUGUACGAGCAGCUAUCUUCGACACGAUCGUCUCGGUUCCUGGGGCCAGGUUUCCUUUUGAAAGGCUCAUCAAAGCCUGCAACGAAGAGUCCGUGCUGAGCAUCAUCGAUGGUGCCCACGGUAUCGGUCAAAUUUCGUUAAACUUGGGUGAAUUGAGCCCGGAUUUCUUCGUCACAAAUUGCUAUAAAUGGUUUUAUACCCCCCGAGGCUGCGCUUUACUCUAUGUUCCAAAACGCAACCAGCACUUACUACGAACGUCUUAUCCCACCUCCCAUGGCUAUACAUUUCCAUCUGAGCGUGGUCAGCUGCAUGAUGGCGGUAAAUCCGACUUUGAACUGCUCUUCGAGUUCGUUGGGACAGCAGAUGACACCCCAUACAUGUGCGUGUCCGCAGCAAUUAAAUUCCGCGAGCAAGUGUGCGGUGGCGACAAUGCUAUUCAGCACUAUAUCCAGGAUAUCGCGCAGAGGGGUGGCGAUGUGGUCGCUGGGAUUCUUGGAACCAGCAUCAUGGAGGAGCCUGGUCUGUCAAGCGCGAACCAGAGCGAUAUCCGCAAGUGUGCAAUGGUCAACGUGCGAAUGCCGCUGGCCUUUAAAGAUGAUGUGCUUAACGAGCAUGUGCCGAGCCCAAAUACAUCGCCAUAUCAGCUCUUUAGCGUGCAGGAUGCAGCAAAGAUGGUGGCAUGGAUGGAGAGCAGACUCGUAGAGGAAUUUGAUACAUUUGCCAAGUUUUAUCCCCACGGAGGAUGGCUGUGGCUGCGACUCAGUGGCCAGAUUUAUCUUGAGAUAGAUGACUUUGAAUGGAUUGGACAUAUAGUGGUCCAGCUAUGCGAGAGAGUCGCCAAGGGAGAGUGGCUUCAAGGUUGA